UCAUCUUUAUUGUAGUAAAGUCAGAAGUAGAAAAUAUAGUCGACUGCACUUUGAUUAAAAAGGUUAAAAUGGAGAUAACAGAUGAUGGAAAAUACGAAGAGAUUUUUAUAGCUGUUGACAAUUUGAAAUGCUUGUUAAAACUAACAGGACUACCAAAUGAUCUAUUGCACACUGCACCUGGAGAGAAAUCAUCUGAUGUUAAAGGGAACCAGUUACUUUACGUCGAAUGGACCAUGGAAUGUCCAUUGACAUGGAAUGUGGCAUUGAUUUCCUCAAGUAUAAAUGACAACUUAUAUUCUUUUGAUGACGAAUUCUCCGUUGACUACGUGUAUUCUGAGACCAGCAGUAAAUUGAUAAUACAUACAACAGUUCAAAGAUGUGUUUUUAGAUCCUACUCAACACUGGAAGUGGCUGUGAAAAAUCUUAUUGGCAAAAUUAUAAAUAUAUCCAGCAUAAAAUCUACUGAGCCAGAGGAAUUGUCUGCUUCGGUUCUAAUAAUGACCAGACCAGAAGAUGAAGAAUCCUUUCAAGCCAAAUUCAACAAAGAGUGGAAAACAGACAAAUCAAUAUCUGGAUUGAAAGACAAUAUUGUGACAUGUGACCAUUGCACACAGAGUUUCAGCUGCAAAAACUGCACGUCAAAGAUAAACCACAUCAGGAGACAAGACAAAGCUCUUAAGAUGAAGGAUCAAACAAUACAAAGGUUAGAAAAGGCAUUAACAAAGAGAGAGAAAGAAGCGAUUGAAGAGGACGAAUCUGACUACGACUCUUACUAUUCUACCGAAAAGAACACAAUCAACGAAGGUUAUCUUGGAGGCCUUGCAAUUGAUAUUGCACUGCAAACUGACCAUUAUACAACCCAGUAG